AUGCCUAACUACGUCUACGAACCUUUGGCUGAUGGCCACAUCAGGCUGAUCGAACUACACCCAGGCCUUCCCACUGAUGACAUUCAGCUUAGCAUCCACCAUGUUGCCCUGACGCCAUCCGAGCUACCACCGAGACUCAGUUUGCGGCACCUCGCGGAAAGGCUACCUGAAGGCUGGAAGGCCCAUGAGGAUAUGUCAGGUAGACUUUUCUUUCUCCAUGACGAUGGCAGGGGCAAACCUUUAUCGCAGUGGGCGCACCCAGAUCCAGACUUUGAUCUGAGCCCCUACCAAAAAUUCCCUCAGUCCCAGCACGAUCCAAGCUUUGAAGCAUUGUCCUACACAUGGGGCGCUGCUGAUGAUUCGGAAAGCAUCAGAGUGAUCUCACGAGACCACCGCCUCGACCAGGGCAGCUUCCACGCGCUCCAUGUCCGACCAAAUUUGGCCUCUGCACUGCGUCAUUUGCGAUAUGAGAAUAGACCCCGCACGCUCUGGGUCGACGCCAUUUGCAUCAAUCAGCAAGAUCUCGAUGAGGUCGCUGUACAAGUCAAAGGAGCGGCCACUGUGUACAAGGAAGCCGUGCGAGUCAUGAUCUGGCUUGGGCUUUCUUCGCAUGACAGUGCACUAGCAAUGCACGCCCUCAGUAACCUCGGGGCUCAAGUGAUAGUGAGGGCCGAUUCGUGGAUUUGCAGCGCACCUGGCGCGACAGAAGCGGAUUGGCACGACAGAAACGUCCUACUACCGUACGAUAAGGCAACCUGGUUGGCUAUCGAUUCGUUACUGAACCGCGCCUGGUUCAGUCGUAUUUGGAUUGUGCAGGAACUCCACCUCGCAAAGAAUGCAGUGUUUCUGUGCGGCAGGGAUGAAAUGACCCGCGAGGCGUUCGGGCAUUCUGUCAUCACUCUGAAAAUGAAACAUGAACUUGACCCAGCAUUGUCACGAGACACGUUGGAUCCUGUCUGCGGCCUGGCCAUACCCAUUCGCUCGGACAGCCCCUCGUACUACAUCUUGAGACGUACUUCACGCGGCAAUUGUACGGACAACAAAGAUGUCAUAUAUGGCGCCCUGGGAUUAUUUCCAGCCCGUCUAAGAAAGAAGAUCCAUGUCGAAUACAAGCUUUCUACUUCGGAGGUGUUUGCUGCCUUUGUCAAGUCUCACAUUGAGACUUAUGAACGCCUCGAACUGCUACGAAUGUGCACUUCCCAUGCACGACGGCUCAAUAUGCCAAGCUGGGUACCCAACUUUCCUUCGUUAGACUUAAGCAGCUCAACUCUAGGAAACUGGCACUUCUGCUCAGGGUACUCAAAAUGCCAAGUUGAAGUUCGGGGUGUUGACCUCCACGUCACUGGGGUACGCGCUGCAGCUAUCCAGACUGUCGGUAGGGUUAUCCCCGACUGCGGAGAAGGUAAUCCCUAUUCCAUUUACGAUACUUUGAGUACUGUGAGAGAACUGCAGAGAGAUUUUGAAGGCAUGAGAGCUUUGAAACUCUUAGACUUCUUCUGGGUUGUCUUCGGCGACUUUUUGUGUAAAAGGCUGCCCGAAAACAUGAUUGGCGACCGAGAUCAGUUCAAGGAUAGCCUUGCCAGGUCGUUCAUCUUUUCGGACGCUGAUGGUGAUCUGUCUUCGGAAAAAGCGUUCUCUCAGUGGGAGAACUACUUUUUGAAGAUGCUGUUGGGAAGAAGGGUGUUGAUGAAUAGCGACGGAAACUUCGGAAUUGGGCCUGCAGAUACAAAGCAAGGUGAGCGUCCACUCCUAUGUGAUUUUGUUGAACUCCCAAGCUCACCUGGACUCGCUAGGCGACAUUGUGGCCUGUCUCCUUGGCUGUGA